AUUCAAAUGGUCAUAUCGAGAAUGCAAUGGAGGCAUCCUCUUCAGUGCAGCAAGCCAGUGCUCUUGACACAACAUACAGCAACUCGGAUCAAAUGCUGUUAAGCAUCCAGAGCAACUUGAGCUUCUCUUCUGCAAAUAUAUGCCCAAAUAUGCCGCUCUCGCUGCCGAGCUUGAGUGGAGAAAGUAGAGUCGCCGAUUACCAAGACUGUGGAGUAUCUCCGAUGUUUCUUGGCAUUGAAUCUCCGUGGGAGCCAAAUGUCGAAGGUAACUGUCCUCAAGCUAGGAAAGAAGCAAAGAUUAGAUACAAUGAGAAGAAGAAGAACAGAACGUUCGGGAAACAAAUCAGGUAUAUUUCGCGAAAAGCAAGAGCAGAUACCAGGAAGCGAGACAAAGGUAGGUUUGUCAAAGCCUGUGAGCCUUCUGAGCACACCAUUCAUUAGCAAGAAAUCGUCGAACCUAGUCAAAAUGAGCACACGUUUUGGCUCAGGGCACAGUCGAGCUUAUUUCAUUUAGGAAUUUGUCGCACUUUCAUGCUUCUCCCACCUACCAAAUUCUUAUUAUCAUUCUUUAGAUUCUCGUUCAGAGUGUCCAUUGCACUUGGCUGAGCAAUUAUUCAGGCCAAUGCUGAAUAAGUUUUGUUCGUAAUCUGUUGAGAAGUUGCAUAUAAUGAAGUUUAUUAUUGUUUGAUUUUUUAAGUAAUCUUUGUUUGGAAUUAAAUCAGUACAUUCUGAUAU